CAAACCUGGUUGUUUAUGGCAACGGCGGCCGAGGACCAUUCGUUGUCUGGAUUGUAUGGAGCGCCGUCUGUCGGACAUGAAGUUGACCGUGAUGACUCAUCCAAGCUAUGGGUUUGGCCGUUGGACAGCGUUGAACGUAUUUUUUCCGAGAUUGGUCAAUGAUAGGCCUUGGUGGAAUCAGAGACUUCAUGUAUCCGGUCGGAGGGGGAAUGAGACCCACUCAGGGCAUGAUGCCCAUGCAGCAGCAGCAACAACAACAACAACAACAACAACAACAACAACAGCAGCAUCACCAGCAGCUGCAGCAACAGCAUCAACAGCAUCAACAACACCAACAACACCAACAACAGCAUCAACAACAGCAACAGCAACAGCAGCAGCAGCAGCAGCAGCAGCAUCAUCAGCAGCUUCAGCAGGGCUUCCCCAUGGUGCAGGUCAUGCAGCCCAACAUGCAGGGCAUGGUGGGGAUGAACUAUGGGGGACAGAUGCCCCCAGGCGCGAUGCCCAUGCAGGGAGGCAUGCAGAUGGGGAUGCAGGCCCCAGGCAUGCAGUUCAUGGGCCAGGCUCAGUUCAUGGGCAUGCGGGCCCCGGGGCACCAGUACACAGCCGACAUGCAGAAACAGAUGGCCGAAGAGCAUCAGAAGCGUCUGGGGCAGCAGCAGCGCAUGCUGGAGGAGGACCGGAAGAGGCGGCAGUUUGAGGAGCAGAAGCAGAAGCUCCGGCUGCUCAGCAGCGUCAAGCCCAAGGUGGGCGGGGAGAAGAGCCGGGACGACGCCCUGGAGGCCAUCAAGGGGAACCUGGACGGCUUCAGCAGGGACGCCAAGAUGCACCCAACGCCCUCUGCGCAGACCAAGAAGCCAGACUCAUCGCCAUCUCACUCCACCGCCCUCCCCCACUCCCUCCCCCCCGCCCCACCCGAUGACGACGAUGAGUUUAGUGACUUUAUUCAGGGGCCCAUAGACUCCUUCUCCUCUUCCUCCUCCACCUCAUCUUCCUCUACUACAACAUCCUUCCAGCAACACCUUCCCUCCCAGACCCAGGCCGCACCCUUCCCCCCCACCUCGUCCUCCCCGGCCCCCUCCCCCCUGCCCCCCGCUCAAACCUCUGCUGUCCAACUCAGCUCUCAAACCACGUUUCAAGGCCCGUCCCUGGAAGAGAAGCUCUUCUCCUCCUGUGACAUGAGCGCCGACAAGCGGGCGCAGGUUAGCUUCAGGGCCCCGGCGGCGCAGGCCCCGCGGGCCAAGGUCUCAGCCCGCUUCCGUCCCAGCGCCACGGCCCGCGACUGGGCCGCCGCCUCCGAGGACUUGAGCUCCGUCUUCACCGUAGCGAGCAGCCCGCCGGAGGCCCCGGUGCCGCCGGCGCCAUCCGUGGCCGCCGCCCCCUCGCCGCAGGCCAGCCCCUUCCCUGGUGGGGGCGGGGACAGUGCUGGUGUGGGUGGGUAUACACAACAAGAACACAUCCAGCCGGUGGUGCCAGGUUGGCUGUACAACGACAGCCUGAUCCCAGAGCUGUUCAAGAAGGUGCUGGAGUUCACCAUGACCCCGGCGGGGGUGGACACCAACAAGCUGUACCCCAUCCUGAUGUCGUCGGGCCUGCCCCGGGAGGCGCUGGGCCAGAUCUGGGCCGCCGCCAACCGCACCACGCCGGGCAUGCUGACCAAGGAGGAGCUGUACUCGGUGCUGGCGCUCAUUGGCGUCGCGCAGAGUGGCCUCCCAGCGAUGAACGUGGACAUCCUGAGUCAGUUCGCCUCUCCUCCGGUACCCAACCUCCCCGCCCUGGCCAUCGCCAUGGCGCCCGGCAUGCCCCAGCACCAGCAGCCAAUGAUGGCUCCUCCCCCGGUCUCCAUGGCGAUGCCCACCCCUCCUCCACAGGUCAUGGGCAUGACGUCAGCGGCCCCGGCUCAGGCCCUGCCCAACCCCGGUUUCCUGGCCAGCUUCCCACCUGUGCAGCAGGCGGCCAAGACAGACGACGAUGACUUCCAGGACUUCCAGGAGGCGCCCAAGCCAGGAGGUGGAGACACGUCCUUUGCUGACUUCAAGGGGGAGUCGGGCUCCAGUUUCCCAGCCGCAGGUGCAACUCAGCACCCAAACAGUUCACCUCCCAUGCUGACCCCAGUAUCAGGAACCUCCUCCUCAUCGUCCUCGGACAAGUAUGCGGUCUUCAAACAGCUCUCUGUGGAGCAGCCCGUGGAGGCCCCGCCCCCUCCCUCAGAUUCAGGUGACAAGUACAGUGUCUUCAGACAGCUGGAGCAGCCAGCUGACAAGAAAACAGCUGGGGACGGCUUCGCCGAUUUCAAGUCUGUCAGCGCUGACGACGGCUUCACAGACUUCAAAACGUCCGACAGCGUUUCACCCCUAGACCCUCCAGACCAGGCCAAGAUCUUCCAGCCCCCCUUCCCCCCCUCUUUCCCCACCUCCCACUCUCUGCAGCAACUCCCCCCACAACAGCCAGCUCCGCCCCCACAGCCCCAGGCCCCGGGGGCCCCUCUCUCUCAGCCCAACAAGGCCCUCCACAUGGCCGACCUGGACCUCUUCUCCCCCCUCGGCCCCUCGGCCCCGGCCCCGGCCCCCGAGGCCAAGCCCUGCCCCUUCCCCGCCGUGUCCCUGCCCCCCUCCCUGGGGAUCCUCGGGGGCGGGGCCAAGCCCCCCUCCAGCGGAGGGGCCGAUGACUUUGGCGACUUCGCCCUGUUCGCCACCUCCUCCUCCUCCGCCUCCUCCUCCAUGCCCCCCGCCGGCUCCUCCUCCUCCGACGCGGCCCCGGGCCCCGCCGCCCUCCUGGGCCGGGGGCCGUCCGCCUCCCAGGACGACUUUGCCGACUUCAUGGCGUUCGGCAGCUCGGGGGCGGGGCCUAAGGGCGGGGACGGCGCCGUGGAGCAGCGAAGCGCAGAGGCGGCGGCGGUCGCGCAGCAGUGCCCCCCGCAGGGCCUGGACCGCUACGACGUGUUCAAGCAGCUGUCGCUGGAGGGCGGCCACGCCUACGACGACGCCCGGGACGCCUUCUGCGGGCUGCGCGGCGGCGGCGACACCUCCGCCGACGACUUCGCCGACUUCCAGUCCUCCAAGUUCUGCACGGCGCUGGGCGCGGCGGAGCGGAGCCUGGGCGGCGACAAGAUGGCGGCCUUCAAGCAGACCAAGGAGGACUGCGCGUCGGUCAAGUCGCUGGACCUGCCGUCGCUGGGCGGCAGCAGCGGGGGCCGGGAGGACUCGGAGGACGCGCUGUCGGUGCAGCUGGACAUGAAGCUGUCGGACAUGGGCGGCGACCUCAAGCACGUGAUGUCGGACAGCUCGCUGGACCUGCCCGGCCUGGCCGCCCACCAGCCCCCCGCCGCAGAAGGCGACGACAUGAAAUUUGACCCUUUCGGCACUUCCACCGGCAGUGUAGCCAGCUAUGAUUGGUCAGACAGAGAGGAGGGCGUGUCCGUCGAGGCCAGGAAGGCCCCGGGCUCCGACGGGUCCGCUCUGGCCCCGCCCCACUACGGGAGUGGGCUGACGUUCGGGAGCACGGAGAACCUCGCCCCCAACCUGACCACCACCACCACCACCACCACCACCACCACCACCACCACCACCGCCGCCUCCUCCACCUUCCCCCCCAAGGACGACGCCUCCUCUUCUGAGGGGAAGUUUGAGGCCUUCCCCGAGCCGAGCGGCGACCACGACGAUGACUUUGGAGACUUUGCCAGUACGGUGUCCGAUAAGUCCACGGCGGGCGUGGACGUUGGCCCCGAGGAGCCCCAAGGCGAGGCCUCCGAUGAGUUUGGGGCCUUCCAAGGAGAUAAGCCCAAGUUUGGCAAGUCUGACUUUCUCAAGGCCAGCUCUCAGACCAAGGUCAAGUCCAGUGAGGAGAUGAUCAAGAACGAGUUGGCGACCUUUGACCUGUGUGUCCAAGGGUCCCACAAGCGCAGCCACAGUCUGGGGGAGAAGGAGAUUGGCCGCUGCCCCCCGUCCCCCGCCCCGGAGCAGCCCUUCAGGGACCGCUCCAGCACCCUGAGCGAGAAGCCCGCCCUGCCCGUCAUCAGAGACAAGUACAAGGACCUGACCGGCGAGGUGGAGGAGAGCGAGCGGUAUGCGUACGAGUGGCAGCGGUGUCUGGAGAGCGCCCUGGAGGUCAUCACCAAAGCCAACAACACGCUGAACGGCAUCAGCAGCUCCUCCGUGUGCACCGAGGUCAUCCAGUCCGCCCAGGGCAUGGACUACCUCAUGGGCGUGGUGGAGGUGUACCGCGUGACGAGGCGGGUGGAGCUUGGCAUCAAGGCCACGGCGGUGUGCUGCGAGAAGCUGCAGCAGCUGCUGAAGGACGUCAGCCGCGUGUGGAACAACCUGGUGGGCUUCAUGUCGCUGGCCAACCUGGUGCCUGAGGAGAGCUCUCUAGACUUCUCCUGCUGCAUCCUCAGGCACGGCAUCAAGAACGCCAAAGAGAUAGCGUGCGGGGUGUGCCUGCUGAACGUGGACUCUCGGAGCAAGAAAAAAGAAGAAAGCACAAUCGGACGCCUGUUCAAACGAGUAGGACCCUCGAGAAACAUUACCUUCCCCCAAAUCCAUCCAUGUUUCUAUCUCCUUUGUCUGCCCCGUGCAUUGGGAGAGGGUCGGGGGGGGGGGGUCUUCUCUCAGGCUGAGGAUGGGCCCACCGCGGGGUCCACAGCGGGGUCCGCAGCGACAGCCUUCCCUUCUCUCAGCUCUGAUACUGCGCUGGGUGGGGGUCUAGACACACACAGAGGAGACCCCCGCCAGCCGCUCCCCUCGGGAGGGCUGACGAAACCGCCGCCGUCGGCAUGGCAACCGCUCUAACGGGCUCGUUAGGAACAUAGGAACUUAGGAAAAAAAUUAUUAAAGCUAAUUAAAGGUGAGUGUGUGUGUGUGCAGAGAGAGGAGAGAAGACUUGUCGAUUUCGCACCUCGGGGGAGGGGGGGGGCGGCAGGCAGCUGUUGCAUUCUGGGUAGGGUACUUUUGGUGACGAGGGAAUUGUUCCCUUCCUCACUUCCUACCUUCCAAAAAAUCAGCAUCUUCCUGUGUCCCUUCUCACUGUCACUAACCCCGGGACACCAGAGUGACCUCUGGGUAGGUCUCUCUCUCUCUCGCUCUCUCUCUCUCUCUCUUGCUUUCGCGAGAGGGGGGUGGUGGUGGUGGUGGUGGUGGUGGUGGUGGUGUUAUCCUGUGAAUGAAUCCCCCAAGUCCAUCAUGGUCCCCAGUACCAGAAGAAGACCACUUUAACUGUCCUUACUGGUCUCUCUCUCGCUCUCUCUCUCUCUCUCUCCCUCUCUUGCCUCCCAGUCUCCGGCCAGAUGGAGGGUGAGAGAGGGAGAGGAAUAUGGCCCGAUAGUACGUACCAGCCUCACAGCAGACGUUUCACAGUCAGACGGUGCCACAAUGUAGAACAGGAGAGGAUAGAUCAGCAAUCCUUAUUUUUCUCUCUCUCUCUCGCUUGCUCUCGUUCUCGUUCUCUCUAGCUCUCUCGUUCUCGUUCUCUCUCUCUCGCUCUCUCGUUCUCCCUCUUUACCUCUCUCCCUCCCUCUCCCCUAUCCACAUGCCCCACCGGCUCGUCCACAGAUAGAACCAGAGAUAUUAAAAACGAUUAAUUUUCCCCUGCUCCUCUGGCGGGAGAUUAAUAACCCGUCUUUUAAUUACUGUUUUGUGGGCGGCGCCCCGUCUCUAACGAGGCUCAGCAGCCAAUGGGGAGCAGCAGUCUGCGGUGAAGACGAGGGGAUGAGAGGAAGGGUCUGGCUGCAGCAGAUGGCAUCAAUGGCAUCCUUGUCCUUCAGCGUAAAAAAACUAAAAACAUUGUCCUGUGAUGCAGCAACACUGUGGGGACUUAAGCUAUGAUGGAAACAACCGCUGGAGAGGAAAUAUGCAAAGAUAACACGAACAGGAGGCGGGACUGAUCCUUCGAUGGCCUCAUUCACAUAUUGUCUUCAACUCUUUUGAUUGGCUCACAGGCAGGGUGUGGUGAAUAUAGCAUGUAACCAAAACAGACAGAUUUCUCAAAGCGGCCAUCUUCCAUUGGUUAUUUUGAAUGGAACAUUCUUGACUGGGAUAUCUGACAGCAUCUCAUCCACUUUGAGCCCUGAUCUACUGGCUGUGCUGAAGUGUUCUGGGCUUUUAAGCAUCUCACCGGGAACCGUCCUUCAGUUUUAGAGGACACAGAGAUGGGCAACAGGUAAGAUCUCCCUCUCUGACCUCAUACCCUGAAUAGCGGUGUGAUGUAUGAGGAAGGGUCUUGCCGUGAGGUAAGACAUCUCUGCGUCUCCUGCUGCUUUCACACGCUUGCUUUUCUGGUCUUGCGGACACUACUCAAUCAGUCAAGUUCAACCAAAGCACCAUCUUCUCCUCUGGUAUUUAUCGUGUCGUCCCAGGACGCAUGAAUACCUUGGGGUUCUGUUUUGGGGGGGUUGGCUGCAUUGAUGUCUAGAUGUUGGAACCUCACUGACCUCUCCGAGCCCAGUCCAGUCCAGAUGUCCAGACGUGGCAGACGCCUGGACAUCUGAGAUGAGCGACUAAAGAGAGCCAGGAGAUGGGGCAGCGAGGCAGCUUCUCCCUGGUGUUUGGGCCUUGAAGAGGGGGUGCUCCUGGGUGGUGCCUGAACUGUGUUUUUGACAAGCUCACACAAACAUCGUGUGGGUUGAAAAGCUAAUGCUGACACGACUUGUGUUGCUUACAGGCAAAGGCCAAAGAAAGCAAGUUGAGGGUAACUAUGCAAUUUUUUCUUUCUCCUAUAGAAUAAUACUGC